CUUAUGAAUUCCCCUGUUUUUGUUUCACGCUUAGCUUCGACAACUCCUCAACCGUUGGGAGUCCGCGACCCUGUUUGGCGUAUGAUUUGGAAUCUAAAGUUGCCCCCUCGAGUGCACCUUUUUGUGUGGCGCUUGUACCUCAAUGUCCUACCAACCCCGGAUAAUCUAGCUCGACGAAACGUGACAUUUGAUGGAGCCUGCCCUUUAUGCUCAUCUGCUACAUCUACCAGCCUGCAUACUUUCUUUGACUGUAGUUUUACUCUACAGGCGUUGCGUAUUGCCGGUCUUCUUGUUGUUGUUCGGCAACUUCAAAAAGCAACAUGUGAAACUUGGCCGUGGAAUAUUGUGUUGAAUGCAAGUCGACUUGUGGCUGAAUUCGCUUCACACUCUUCAAAUCCCGAAAUGCCUGAUCCCUCACUGUCUCUUCUUCCUACCUCCGUUGUCCCUUCUGUCGAUGCAACCAGAAUUUAUUUUGAUGGCUCAAUCUCCCCUACUUGUGUAUGUGGUGGUUCAGGCGUCUUUGCCUGUUCUGCUAAUGGAAUAUUUUUACAAGCUUUGUCACGCCGUUUUGCUGGAAUUGUUGACUCAGAUUUAGUCGAAGCUUUGGCGUUGAGGGAAGCGAUUCUCUUGGCUCAGAAAUUAAAUGUUCCGAAUAUGGCUGUAAUAGGGGAUUUUUCCUUGAUUGUUCAAGCUUCAUUAGAUUAUUUUGGAUUCCUCGUUCGGAGAAUGUUGUUGCCCAUUCUUUAG